AUACUUGGGUUUCGAUAGUAUCGGUUUAGUGUUUUGUGUACGAAUGAAAAUCUUGUGUUUUUGUAUCUUAUUAACUGAUUGACUGGUUCACUGGACAUCGACUAUGGACAUUUCCCCAAGUUCUACACCGACACCUUCUCGCAAGUCGCGUCGCCGGUCGAAUCUUUUCCCUCAGUUCACCCACAACAAGAAUAAAGCUCUAGAAGAGAAGAUGAAAAAUGGCGAACUUGGUAUUGGCCGUGAAAUCCCAGUUAAACAAGGUUUUCUCUACAAGAAGAGUAAAAAGCCUUUGAACAAGGAUUGGAAAAAGAAAUGGGUCACAAUUAGAGAUGGAUACCUGACUUAUCAUUCGACCCUCCAGGAUUACCAAAGUGAAGCUCAAGGUAAAAACAUUCCCCUUAAACACACAACAGUCAAAAUCCCAGGACAGAAACCGAGAGGGUCAAGACCAACACAAGGUAGUAGUGGACCUUCCAGUUUAAUUGAAUCUACCUCCAGUUAUUUAGAAAGUGAUCUCAGUAGUCUUCAUAUAUGUUCAGCUAUAGAAAGUGAUAAGCUUUCAGGUACCAAUUCCUCUUUCGGAAAGGAAUCAACUCAUCACAAGAAACGUCAUCGUCGAAGUAAAAGCAACAAUAAGCAAAACGGUGAAGGUGUUGAUGAUUCUUAUGGUUAUGAAUUCAUCAUUGUUUCUCUUGACAAUAAACAAUGGCAUUUCGAAGCAUCAAGUUUCGAUGAACGAGAAGAAUGGGUGACAAAGAUCGAGGAAGAGAUUUUGAACAGUCUACAGGAAAUGGAAAGUGACAAAUCUAAAUACCGUAUUAGUGGUAUUUCUGAUCGAGCUUCUGUACAAACGAUACGUGAGGUUGCCGGAAAUUCCCAUUGCGUUGAUUGCAAUAAACCAAAUCCUGAUUGGACUAGUUUCAAUUUGGGUGCAUUGAUAUGUAUCGAAUGCUCUGGAAUUCAUCGUAAUUUAGGAACGCACAUAUCCCGUGUUCGCUCAUUGGAUUUAGAUGAUUGGCCGCCUGGACAUGUUAGUGUAAUGAAAUCCUUAGGAAAUUCCAUAACUAAUAGUAUUUACGAACAUAACAUUGGAGGUUUAACCAAGCCAACUGCUUCGUCUUCGAGAGAUGAGAAAGAAAGAUGGAUUCGCAGUAAAUACGAAAAGAAAGAGUUUCUUGCUCCAUUAGACUCACCUGAUAGCAUCAAGCAACAACUUUUAUACUAUAUCUCUAACAGCAAUGUACCGAGUGUCGCUAAAGUUUUGGCUCAUUUACCAUCUCCAGAUCAAGUAAACUCGCCAAUUCAACCAUCCGAUGGUAAAUAUCCAAUUCACAUCGCUGCAACUAUUGGAUCUCUUGCAAUUGUACAAUUACUUAUCUGGCACAAUGCUAAAGCAGAUGCGAUUGACCGUUAUGGACAGACAGCUUUAUAUUAUGCCCGAUUGAAUGGGCAUCAAGACAUUGCCGAUCUUCUCAUACAGCAUGGUGGCUACUCCACAUCACGAAAUACUAUGAACGGAUCGCACAUUAAGAGACGUCCAAGGCUCUCGGCUAUGGGAUCAUCAGCGCUAGAUGUGUUCGAUACACUUCCUGCCAGUAUUAUUUGACUUUCGUGUACAUAAUAUGCCUCUUGAAAGAGAGUCUUUUCAUCUCCCCCGUUAUCUUCCAAAACUCCUGUCCAUUUUCCAGUUUUCUCAACUUUCUCGUUAUCUUUGUACAUACACAGAGCUAUAAUAUAUACACACACACACACAUUUAAAAGAAGAGGCAUUUUGGUUAUGCACUCUUUUAAGAUUUAGAUUAUCAUUCAACAAUUAGAUUAUUUCCUUUUUAUCUGAACAGACACACACACACACACACCACCACCAACCCUUCUUUGUGUGUUGAAAUAUGAUUAAAGAGAACCAGGGAAUCUUUUUUAGAGUCAUGUAAAUAUAGUAGAUUAGAAUUGUUGUUCUGCGAUCUCAUCCUGAGAAGAGCGAAAGGUUUUUCAUUUCAAACAAAAAAGUCCAUCAACUAAAAUAGGAACAAAACAAAAACAGCAAUCGAAACAUUCCGAAGGUUUAUUGACGACAAAUUAGUUAAUUGAUCUGUUGAUCUGUCAAAAAUAAUGACAAUUACAAUUCAUCUUUACCUCUAUCACAUUAAUUUUUUCACUUCUCUUCGUUUUCAUCAGAUGAUCAUCAAAUCACAUCAUAAUCAACACUCCAGCUUAAUUGUUUCACUAAUUGUUGAGUAUUCGUUGUAAAUUUAACAAACAUUUUUUUAUCUCAUUCCACCUCCGAUGUUGGAAUACUUUUUGUUAAUUAUCGUCUAUUGAUUAUAAUUAUUAUUUAUUGAUUAAUUUGAUUAUGAAGGAACAAAAGAUGAAGAUGAAAAAAUUUAGAUUUACUGCAAGGCAACUAUUACUAUUUGAUCCACUUAAUUAUAUUCAAAUCAAAUUACAAACAAAAAAAUGUACCAAAACUAAUUACACCAAAGAAAUGGGUCUCAUUCAAAUUAAUUAAUUAAUGAUCUGUUGAAAACAUCAAACAAUUAAACCAAGAUUACAUUCGACUUAAUUUAUAAAUUCUGUAACUUAUUAUUAUUAUUAAUAAUAUCUCAGCGCCCAAAGACUGGCUAUAAACCAUA